GAUUGUAGUACUGAAGCAGAAAAAUUAAGGGUUAUUAGGAUAAAAGAGUGAUCAAUGUUAAGAUGGGUCCCACAUAGCCUGCACCAGAAAUGAGUGGCACUGCACCAAGUUACUGCUGUUUUCCUUUUUCUUCUCUCUUUUCAUACAAUAACUCACUGAUUUUUCCUUCGUUUUGCUCUUGUAUUAUGUGUGUGUGGUUCAUCCUCUCUUUAUCCUGAUUAGAGGGUCCAUUGGCUGCUUCACCCUUUAUUUUUUUUUACUAUACAACUAUGCUUUAUGACACUAUAUAUACAUAUUCCUUCUUUUGAUUAGGUUCUCUGAAAUGGGUUUCCUUUAUUUUGGACUUACACUUGUGUUUUUUUACUUUCAAUAGUAAUACUACAGUAUUUUCUGUGAAUUUCAUUUAUUUUCUUCACAUUUUUCCUAAUGGCUUUUAACAUUUUGGAGUUUUGCUAUUCUUUCUCUUGGGUUGUUGUGGGUUCUUCAAAAGAGACUAAGAUAGUAUAAAGGGUGUCCUUUUUUACUAUUCCAUUUCACUUUUUUGGUACAUUUUUUUGGGUUUUUUUUGGUGCCAUUUAAAUUUUGAAGAUUUUAGUAGUAAUUUUCCAUAGCUUUUUACCUUGGUUCCUUUAUUUGUCAAAAUAAUGGGGGGAGAAAACUAUUUACUCUAUGUCAUUUGGAAGUUUCCUUAGAGGUAUAAUUGUAGUACUAUUUGAAGGAAAAGGAGAAACCAAUGAUUUCUUGUUUUGGGUUGUCCUUAGGAAACACAUUUGGGAAGGGUAGGGUGAUUCCUAUCAAUAUAAAAAGGAACUAUCAAUAACUCAUUUCAAAACCCUUAUACCUUCAAUUAUAAGGCUAUUUUAUGUAUAUUUUGGGAUGUUCUUAUUUGCUUUAAACUAGUCAUGUUUGUGGGUUGAAUAUUCUUGCCCCUCUUCAUUGUUUUGUUUACAUUUGGCAAGCUUUUGAGUAGAAAAGGUUGUGUUUUUAGUAUCAAAGAGAUUUUUUUAUUGAUGAUAAGAAGGAAAGAAAGCAAGAAAGGUACGUAAUCAAAUUUUGCGAUCAUCCCGAAGAUGUAUCUUGAUGAUUCUACCUGCAAAAUGGUAUUAGCCUAAGCUGAUUCCAGUUUACGUAAUAUGGGCGUGCCAUGAAGCGACGUUUUUUGAUGAUACAAAUGACUAUUUUGAUUAUGUCAUUUUUCUGAAAACAUCGAAAGAUUUACUGUUUCGACUUAGAAGAUCAUGGAGAGUGAAUCAUACAUGCAUUUAGAUCAUCCCAACGGUAUACCUAUGAUCAUUAAUGGCAUCCCUUCUCAAUCGUUGUCUGAAUCAAAUCUUCGAACCAAUUUCUUUGAACAAAACACCCAAAAUGAUAGCAUGCUUGGGCUUCCUUUGCUCACAUCGCUGCAAGGGCAAUGUUACAAAGCCAUUCAUUCUGAUAAAGCUGUCAGCUACGAUGGAUUAAUUGACCGAAGUAACUCUAUAUUUCAAGAUCUUUGCUUGGGUGGUUCCCCUUUUGCUCCUAGCUCACUACCUAUGGUUCUAGCUCCCCGAAAUGGGCUCAAUAACGAUGCAAAUAACUCGAUCAUGUCUCUUCAACAAGAGGUUCCCCCCGAAUCUCUAAGAGAAAUGUUCACAAGCGGAAUCUCCUAUGCUUCGAGUCCCUCCAUUCCAACUAUAAAUUGUAGCUAUGAUGGUUCGGUUGGUGAUUUAAAUGAUAAAUGGGAUCAUAACGGAAUCCUGAUCCAUCAAGACAUGAAUUGGAGAGCCUCUACAUCGGGGUUGGAACCAAUACCGUUCAAUUGUAGCGAAAACGCAAAUAAUGAAUGGUUAUUACCAAGCUCCAAUAGUGUUUGCACUAGUCAUCCAAUGGGAUUUUCGAGAUCCCAUAACGAGCUCUCUCUGAGCCUUGCAACUUCUGGGUCCUCACUUCCUUCCGAUUUGAGUUCUAGCGUUUUCCACAGUUCGUCUCAAACAAGGUUAAGUUCAGAACGAAGUUCUCAUCGCAGCAACGAGUUGCCUCAUGGUUGCACCUCCAAUAGUAGGUCUGCCGAGGUUUCUCCAGUGAUAUCUGGCUCAAGAUACCACUCUGUGCUACAGCAAAUACUCUCAGAAAUCGCAAGCUUUUCACUUGACAGUUUGGACAGGACUAGUUAUAAAAACUGUAUGAGCUCGAGUUCAAACCACCCGUUUUCUGCAAAUCAUUUAUUCGAUCCAGGGUCCUCGUUCAACAAUCCAAAUGAGUUUGACGACAAUGAUAGAUCGUUUGAAAUUCCAUCUGGAAGUUCAAAGAAGGCACAGAUGUUAGCUCUGCUACAAAUGGUGGAUGAUCGGUAUAACCGGUGCUUAGAUGAGAUACACAUGGUAAUAUCUGCAUUUCAUGCUGCAACUGAGCUGGAUCCUCAACUACAUUCAUAUUUUGCUCUUCAAACAAUCUCAUUCUUCUACAAAAAUCUUCGAGAGAGAAUAAGCAAUCAAAUCCUAGCCAUGGGAAUGGAUAGUGGAAGUCCGAGAUACAGUAAUGGAAGGUCUUUAGACAAAUCUUUCAUUCAAAAGCAAUGGACGAUUCAACAAAUGAAGAGAAAAGAUCAAAUGUGGAGACCCCAAAGAGGCCUUCCAGAGAGAUCUGUAUCAGUCUUACGAGCAUGGAUGUUCGACAACUUUCUUCACCCGUACCCAAAAGAUGCAGAGAAGCACUUGCUUGCUAUUAAAAGUGGAUUGACAAGGAGCCAGGUUUCAAAUUGGUUUAUCAAUGCCCGAGUUCGUCUUUGGAAACCUCUAGUCGAAGAAAUGUGCUCCGAGCUAAACCGAAAGAAGGGAAGCCGCCAGCACGACGAAGAAAGCAACAACAAUAAUAGUAGUAGAAGCCAAUUAUGUGUGUAUGAUUAUAAUCAAAGGUGAAGGGAAAGUGUUGGUGAUUAGCUGUAGUUAUUUGGUAAGGUGAAUAUGAAUGAUAUAUUUAUAUGUAUGUAUUGUUUAUUUAUGUGUAUGUGUAUAUAGAAGUAUUAGGUUUUGAGUAGAAGAUGAAGGCAAUUGUACAUAAAUUGCUGAUAUGGUGAUUCCUGGGUUGCUACUGUUUUGCCAGCUUCCAUGGGAACUUGUAGGUUGUAGCAUUUGAGUAGGAUCACACAUUUGGUAAUUUUGUGUGACAUUUUUAGUGAAUUAUAUUUCUCUAUUAUAUGUGGUGUACUUGUUUAAGCCCAUUUUCAUGGGGCCCAAGACUUGAAAGUUUUUCUAUUUCCAAUAAAAAUGAACUAUUUUAAAAUCAGAAAA